UUGGAGUGUAUAAAUAAUUAAAUCAUAAAUUAAUUAAUAUUAUUUAUCAAUAAAAAUGGUUAAGAAGCUCGCCAAAGUCAAGAGAGUAGUCGCCACUCCAGCUGGAAAGGGAAACAAGGGAUCCCUUCCAAACCAUCUUCUUGCAAAGAAGAAGAAGAACUUCAGAAUCGGUGGAGAUAUCCAAUACAAGAGAGAUCUCUCCAGAUUUGUGAAGUGGCCAAGAUAUGUUAGAAUCCAAAGACAGAAGAAGAUCAUCUUCCAGAGACUUUCAGUCCCAGGAGCCAUCAACCAGUUCACUCACACUUUGGAGAGAGACCAGGCCAACAAGCUUUUCAAGCUCUUGGCUAAGUACACUCCAGAGAACAAGGUUGAGAAGAGACAGAGACUCAAGGAAGAGGCUAAGGACAAGGCUGAUGGAAAGGAAGCCGCCCAAGGUACUAAGCCACUCGUUGCUAAGUUCGGUUUGAACCACGUCACCACCCUUGUUGAGAACAAGCAAGCCCAGAUCGUUGCCAUCGCUCAUGAUGUCGUCCCAAUCGAAUUGAUGAUCCACCUUCCAGCUUUGUGCAGAAAGAUGGGUGUCCCAUACUGCUUCGUUAAGGGAAAGGCUAGACUCGGAAAGAUUGUCAACCAGAAGACCGCUACCUGUAUUGCUCUCACUGAGGUCAAGAAGGAAGAUGAGCACGACUUGAAAACUCUCGGACAAUUCUUCGAUGCUACCUACAACCAGAACUCUGGUAUUAGAACCGUCUGUGGAGAACCAGUCUUCGGAAUCAAGAACCAGAACAAGAGAGGAAGAGGAAAGAAGAGAUCUUAA